GUUAAGCACAUUUACAAUCUCAAUCCUCUGACUCUAAAACAUGACCCUACCACAAAUCAUAGCCACCCACAAGAUAGAUAAUGUCACAACCUUCCCACUCCACUAAUUUUCUGCCACGUGUCCUACACAGAUUCUCUUAAAACUCCAAAUACCUCCCAAAACAGCAAGAACAAUCGAUGCAAAUACAAACUUCACAUAUUUUAAUUUCCUUAACACUGUCUGUCCAAAACUGACAAACAAACCAUUCAUCCCUCCCUCUCUCCAUAAAUGUUGGAGCACGAAUUCCUCACCACCACCUCGGCCACCGGAAGUGUUAGGUCUGCGGUCACGUGGCCACGUGCAUGUGACACAUGCCGCUCUGCUCCAUGCGCCGUAUUCUGCCGCGCAGACUCAGCAUAUUUAUGCGCUGGGUGCGAUUCGCGCAUCCAUGCAGCAAACCGAGUAGCCUCGAGGCACGAGCGUGUUUGGGUCUGUGAGGCCUGUGAGCGUGCCCCGGCGGCUUUUCUUUGUAAAGCUGAUGCUGCUUCUCUUUGCUCCUCUUGUGAUGCUGAUAUCCACUCUGCUAACCCUCUUGCCAGCCGCCAUCAACGUGUCCCAAUUCUCCCAAUUUCCGGUUACCUUUACGGUCCUCCGACGACCCUUUUAGGUGCCGACGAUGAAGGCUUUGUCGGCGGUGGUUGUGCCGGUGGUGAGGUGGAGGAAGAGGAGGAUGAAGGUAUGGAAGAUGAAGCAGCUUCAUGGCUUUUGUUGAAUCCACUAAAGAAUAGCAAUAACAAUAGUAACAACCACAACAACAACAUCAACAACAAUAGCAAUGAUCAUAAUAAUCAAGAGGGUAAUAAUGGUUUUUUGUUUAGUGGUGAGGUUGAUGAGUAUUUGGAUCUUGUGGAUUGUAAUUCUUGUGGUGGUGGUGAUAACACUUUCACUACCAAUACUACUACUACUACUACUACUACUCAUCAUGAUGAGUAUAGUCAUCAACAGCAAGAUCAUUAUGGUGUUCCUCAAAAGAGCUAUGUUGGGGAUAGUGUUGUUCCUGUUCAACAACAGCAAGUACAGAAUUUUCAACUUGGGUUGGAGUUUGAAUCUUCCAAAGCUGGAUUCAGUUACAAUGGUGGUUCUAUUAGUCAAAGUGUUUCAGUUUCAUCAAUGGAUGUUGGUGUUGUACCAGAAUCAACAAUGAGAGAUGUCUCAAUGAACUAUUCAAGAACUUCAAAAGGAACAAUUGACCUAUUUUCAGGUCCUCCAAUUCAAAUGUCUUCUCAUUUCUCACCAAUGGACAGAGAAGCCAGAGUUCUAAGGUAUAGAGAGAAAAAGAAAACAAGAAAAUUUGAGAAGACAAUUAGGUAUGCCUCAAGGAAAGCCUAUGCAGAGACUCGACCGCGUAUAAAAGGUCGAUUCGCAAAGCGAACAGAUGCAGAUGCUGAAGUUGAUCAAAUGUUUUCCACAUCAUUAAUUACGGAAGUUGGAUAUGGCAUUGUUCCCUCAUUCUAAAUAUGAGGUUAAACAAAAUGACCAGAAAACUAAGAGCAUAUUUAAAUUGACAUCGAGUUUAGCAGAAUUACGUGUACACGGUAAUUUUGUCAAAAUUUACUCAAAAUUUCAACAAAAUCACAGUGAUUUCGUCAAACUCAUUGUGAUUCUAAAUAUGCACUAAGAGGAAGGUCGAGAAACAUGACCAAAGAAAAUUGCUAUCACUUAUGUUUUACUAUUACUAAGUUUUUCUACUAAUUAGAUAUAUGUUUUAUUAUCUUGUUUUCUUGUAUUUUGAAUUUGACUGUUAUUUGUAAAUACAGUCCUUAUAUUAUUAAGUUAUUAAAUUAUAGUCAGCAUAUUUUGAAAAAA